UCUUCUUGUCCCUCCUACUCUCUCCUGCCAAGAGGCUAUAAGCCCUCAUCAGGUGUCAAAGCCUAAGUCACCCCUCGUCCAGGAGCCAGCUCAGCUCUGGGUUUUUCUCAUGAUCUUCUGUGUUCAAAGAUCAUGCAGGGGUCCACAAUUAUCUACUUCUUCUUCUUCGUGGUCCUGAUCUCUGCAGGUUUUUGUUUGAAGUGUGAACACUGCAGCAGCAGCAGCGGUUUCUGCACUGGUGCGCCGCACAUCUGCCGACCUUUCGAAAACACCUGCCUGAUUCUCACCACUGAGACCACCAUUGGGAAGGAGGUGUGGCUCGCCACUUACAAAGGCUGCAGCAAAAUCAAGUAUUGUGUUCCAUCGCCAAUGAGUUUCACCCUCCCUUCGAGACGCAAGCGGAGUGCCGCGAAGUGUUGUCGCAAGGACCUUUGCAACAGCGGAACCGUGACAUUGCCCAAACUCGGGAUCCGCCCAAACGGAAUGAAAUGUCCAGGAUGCAUCUCACAGGAUCCGACUUGCAAACCCACUGAGCUGAUUCAUUGCAACGGCUGGGAAGAGUAUUGUGUCCAUUACGAUAUGACGGUAGAACAAGAGGGAAGAUUCUACAGUCACGCAGAACGGGGCUGUGGAACCAAGAAUGCUUGUCUGAAUGAGCCACGUAUUUACGGGGUGCCCGGAUUAUACAAGGAGAUCAUAAAGAAAUCCGAAUGCACCCCUGCUCCCAAAAUCAUUGGCAAAUAGCCCUGACUUCAAGAAAACACCGAGCAAGGUGGAAGAUAAGAUGAAGCAUCUUUGUUCUGAAUCGGAGGGUUUUCUUUAA